AUGAUCGUCGCCGUGCUUCUGCUCGUGAGUGCCGUGGCUCUGGUUGCAAUAACCCGAGAUAUAUAUCGGAAGUGGACCUCCCGCCUGCCUCCCGGUCCCAAAGGCUCUGUACUUGUGGGGAACCUCUUCCAGGUUCCUGCAACAUUCCUGCAUCGGAAACUGCACGAAUGGUCACUCAAGCACGGCUCGCUCUAUACCAUCUGGAUGGGUAGUCAAGCCUACGUCGUUGUCAACAGCGUUCAGGUCGCCGCGGACAUCUUCGACAGAAUGUCGGGAACCACCAGCGAGAGGCCGAUGAUGAUUAAGGGGCGUCAGUUCUAUGUGCGCGAUCUGCUUUUGCAGACCCAGGGCCAUACACUCCAAUGGAGAGCAAAUCGUCGAGCAGUCCAUGCAAACAUGAAUAUCCGCGCAGCUUCCCGAUUCCAUCCUAUGCAAGAACACGACGCAGCAUAUUUCGCUCUCGGUCUCAUCCAAUAUCCGGAGAAGAAAUAUGACAAGCAUUGUCAUAGGUUCGCCACAUCGAUGAUAUCAGGCGCUCUCUAUGGAAAACGGAUUGAUCACAAGGACGAUAGUAGGCUCCUGCACAAGAUUGAGGAAAUGACACAGCGGUUAAUGGAGGCGCUCAUGCCACAGAACAGUGUUGUCGAUACCCUCCCGUUUCUCGAGCCAGUGAUACGUAGAGUGAAAUGGUUCCGGAAGCAAUCUGACGACUGGCAUGAGGAAGCCACGAUGGAAGGUUUUCGGCUGUACAAUGCCGCAAAUGAAACUGAUAGUUGGGGUGCCAUCACCACAGUUCAAGAUUUCGAGACAAAUCGGGAAAAAUAUGGUUUGUCACGCGAUGACGCAAUGUGGGACACCCUUGCCCUGUAUAUGGCGGGGCAAGAGACUACCCAUACAGUGAUGCGCAUCUUUGCACUGGCAAUGCUCCACAAUCCUGCAGUCAUGCGAACCGCCCAGAGACAGCUUGACGCUAUCUGCGAGAAUCGAACUCCCACAUUUGAAGAUAGGCCUAAACUCCCGUACAUUGAAGCUGUCGCCUUAGAGGCAGCUCGCUGGAGGGCACCUGUACCAACCAGCGUAUUGCACGCAGCAUCUGCGGAGUUCGUGUACGAAGGGUACACCAUACCCAAAGACACAAUCCUCGUCGACAAUCUUUGGAGCCAAACACGGGAUGCCUCCGUCUAUCCCGAUCCAGAGGCAUUCAAUCCCUCGCGCUAUCUUGAUCAGACGACCGGUACCCUGCUUCCCCCCACUGCUGAUACGCAUCUCAGCCUCCUCGCGUUCGGUCAUGGACGACGUGUUUGCCCAGGACGUGAUUUUGCUCUUAACAGCGUUUUCAUUGCCUGCGCCUACCUACUGUGGGCUUUCGACUUCUCGUGGCCGGUCGAUGAACAUGGUAAUGAGAUCAAGUGCGGGGUGGAUGAGAUGGUCGACCAUGCGAUCGUAGUAACCCCAAGGCCUUUCGAUUUCGUUCUGACACCGAGACAGAAAGAUCUGGAAGAGCGAUUGACGGUGGCAAUGAAAGCUUAACAGUUUGAUGACUCCUGGGUCUUUCUGAUUACUUAUGAAGUGACUCCUACUGUACCGUAGAUACAAUAGAUAGUCUAAUCGUGCUCUCGUGUGAAC